GCGUCACACAGCUAUCAACAACAUAAUCUCACUUCGAUUUAUCUUUAGUUAGUGCAAGCGGAUCGUGUCGAAAGCACGUACGUUGCUUGUGUGUUACAGUGAAAUAAUUUAUCGAAAUGUCUGUAACGACGCUAAAAGAGGGCAGUGACAUCACAUUCAGCGACAUGGUCGAUGAAAUGGACUUUGGAGAGUCAGAAAUAGAGAAAUCUUUCUCUGGCGCGUCUGUCUUACUGACUGGCGGUACUGGGUUCCUGGGUAAACUGUUAGUGGAAAAGCUUUUGAGAUCAUGUCCCGGCAUCAAGAAGCUGUAUCUUUUGGCUAGACCGAAAAAGAACAAAGAUCCAAUAAAACGAUUGCAGGAACAAUUUGAUGAUGUGCUCUACGACAAACUGCGCAAAAUCCAACCAGACUUUAUCGACAAAAUACAGGUUGUAGAAGGUGAAAUCAGCCAGACAAAUCUGGGCAUCAGUGAACAGGACAGACAAAUGAUUACUGAUGAGGUUGAAUUCAUAUUCCACGGCGCGGCUACAGUACGUUUCGACGAGGCUCUCAAAACAGCUGUGUCUAUCAAUGUUCGAGGCUCCCGGGAGAUGUUAGCGCUCGCCAGAUCGUGUUCCAAGUUACGAGCUUAUGUGCAUAUAUCUACUGCCUAUAGUAAUUGCACACAAAAAGAGAUUGAAGAGAGGUUCUACGACAGUCCGCUAGAUGGCGAUAAGCUGAUAGACCUUGUAGAAAAUAUGGACGAAAAUGUCAUCAAAAACAUCACUCCAGGGCUUCUAGGUGACUACCCAAACACAUAUGCGUAUACAAAAGCAGUGGCCGAAGACAUAGUCAGGAAGCACUCUACAGGUCUACCUGUAGUAUUAUUCCGACCAUCUAUCGUUAUAGCAACAGCCGAAGAGCCUGUGGCCGGAUGGAUUGACAACGUUUAUGGACCGACUGGGGUGGUGGUGGGCGCGGCGGUGGGGCUGCUGCGCGUGAUCAACUGCGAGGUGCGCGCGGCGGCGGACCUGGUGCCGGGCGACAUGGUGGUGCGCGCGUGCGUGGCGGCGGCGUGGCGCGCGGCGCGCGGCUACUGCGAGCACGCGCCCGGUGACGCGCCGCCCUUAGUUUACAACUACGUGUCCUCGCCGCGCAACCCGCUCACGUGGCAACAAUACAUGAAACUGAACGAGAUCCAGGGCCUCAAGGUGCCGCCCACACAAGCGCUGUGGUGCUACCUGCUGGUGCUGACGCAGACGGACCUGGCCUACGCGAUAUACUCCUUCUUCCUGCACUGGGUGCCCGCCUACAUUAUAGAUGCGAUCGCUGUUGUUAUUGGCAAGAAACCUAUGUUGAAAAAAGCGUACAGAAAGAUUGAGAAGUUCUCAGCAGUGAUCAGCUACUUCGCGACCCGACAGUGGAAGUUCAGCAACCAGAACGUGCAGGAUCUCUACGGGGAGAUGUGCAAAGCUGACAGACACAAUUUCAACUUUAACAUGGCGGAAUUAGACUGGGAUUUGUAUUUCCACAAUCACGUGCGAGGCAUUCGAUUGUAUCUUUUGAAGGAUCCCUUGGACACCGUACCGCAGGGCUUGAGGAAACAGAACAUGCUGAAAUUGGCUAAUUACCUACUUAUUGCUGUGCUAGGUUUCGUCCUUAUACGAGUAAUGUGGUGGAUCACGAAGCUUGUUGUAGGAUUUUAGAGGCCCCGUUUUGGGGGCCUCUUAAAUGUUUUUGUAAUUAUCAUGUAUGGAUAGGAAUUGUAAAUGUAUCUGUAAGUUGAACACAGUAAUAUUUAUUACGGUUAUUUGUAGGUAACUAGAAUUGCUGAUAAUGACAAAUGGUAAACUAAAUUGAUGUUACGAAUGUAUGUUUAAAGAUAUUUAUUUUACUGUAUAGGACAGAUUAUUUAUCAUAUUGUGUUUAACAGGAAUUAAAAACUAGUAUAUAUUAAAAAAAAUAUAUAAUCUGUGUUACCUGACCUGUAGGUUUUAUACGGAUACAGUGUUUUAUUGGUAAAAAAAACAUGCUUAAAUCAGUAUCUCGAUAACAUUCUGUCUCUUUAGUUUUUAAUAUUCGGAGAUGGCAGUAUAUAUUAUUUAUUUAACACACUUGGAUAUUUAAAAAUCAACUCUUAAUUAAUAGGAAUGGGUGUGAAUAUGCAAUAUUUAAUAACCAGGAAGUAAUUUGUGUUUAUAAUUAUAUUAAAUACUUAAAUUAAGGCCGGUGUAGGCUCGGUCUAUGAAGGUUGUGUAAAAGACUUAAUAUGUAGAUUAACAUUAGUUUUUUUAUGAGUUACUUGGACUUUGAAAUACUUUAUCAUUAUAAUAUAUAUCUAUCAUCAGGUUUAGUAAAUAUUUAAUUUUUUUAAGUUUUUGACACUUUAAUUAUGUGUCUAUGCAACAGAAGACAAAAGCAACAAAUUAAAAAUCAUGAAAAUUCAAUUAAUUAUUUUACAAGUGUUGUAACUAAUACGACUUUUUAUAUGCUAAUAAGUAUGACGUCACAUGCUUAGAACAUAUUAUGUACAUACAUUUUUAGAUAUAGCUCAAUCUAUGCUCUAUGGUGGUGUUAUUAUGUGUCUAUGGGUGAUAGUUCAUCUACAAUAUCUAUAAAUAUAAACAUAAUUAUAGAUCUGUCUGUUUGCUCGAUUUCGCGGCUGAACCACAGCAACAAUUUUGAUGAAAUUUCGAAUGUAAUAAAUUUGAAAUCAUUUUUUUUCAAUAUUUUGUUUAAAUAAGUAGUUUAAUUGUUUAGAAAAUGAAAGAAAGUUUUUAUCUUUUCGUUUAUUAUAUUUAUAACUUUCUAUUGCAAUAUUUUUUGAACCGAUGGUAACAACUUCAAACUCAAACAUUUAUUUAUUCAAUUAGACUUCUUCUAGAAGCACUUUUAAAUCGUCAUAACAUAGGUUUACUAUUUACCACUGGUUGGGAAAUUAAAUAUUCUAUUUAUUCAUAUAACGGUGCAUUUACAUCAAACGAGCGAAAGGUCAUUCUAACCCCACUAUGUCAAAUAAUUUAGUGUAAACAGGC